AUGAUAGAGUCGUCGAGCCUAGUGCGGGAGAGGACAGUGGCAGGGUUGAACACCAAGCAAGGGAGAAGGGAGACAGUAGGACCUUUUGAAGAGGGACCGCCGGGCGCGGCGGCGGCGGCGGCGGCGGCGGCGGCGGCGACCGCCGGGACCGGACCGGAGCGCACGACACCGGGCGCGCCCCCCGCGCCCCCGCCCUGGGCCGAGCGCGGGUCGGUGCGGGACCUGGUCCGGUUGGACGUCCCGGGCUCCGGCCACGGGCUCGGACGGGCCGCCUACCGGGUGGUCCUGGCCGACGGCCGGACCUUCGGGCUGGACCUGAGGAGGGACCCGGAGAGGGGCGGCCGCUGCCGGUACGCGGGCACCGUGGACUCGGACCCGCUGUCGGCGGCUCGCCUGGACCUGUGCGGGGGUUUGAGCGGAUGGUUCGCCGUGGGCAGCCGCCGCUACCGCCUCUCCCCGCGGCGGCCGGUGACCGGGGAGGGGGAGAGGGUGAGGGAGAGCCGCGGGAGCAGACGCCCGGUUUACCGGACGCCGCCGACGACGACGACGAGAGGAGGACGCAAAGUCCCGCACGUGUACACCGAGGAGCCUCUGGUCCUGCGGAGCCCGGUCCCGGUCCCGGUCCCGGGGGGCACGUGCAGCACCGGGACCCCGGAGCGGCCCCCGGGGCACGGCCGCCCCCCCGCCCCCGGGAGGAGGUCCCGGCGCUCGGUGUCCAGGGCCCGGCACGUGCAGCUGCUGCUGGUGGCCGACCCGUCCAUGGCCAAGCAGUACGGCGCCGCCCUCCGGCACUACCUGCUGACCCUGGCGGCCAUCGCCUCCCGGCUGUUCGCCCAUUCCAGCAUCGAGAACCCCGUGCGGCUGUCGGUGGUGCGGGUGCUGAUGCUGAAGGAGGGGGGGGCAGGAGCAGGAGGAGGGGGUCACCCGGCGCUCCGGGUCAGCAAGAGCGCGGCCACCACCCUCAGGGAGUUCUGCAGGUGGCAACACCUGCACCUGCACCUGCCCGGACAGCCCCGGGGCAACGGCACCCGGUCAUCACCUCCACCGCCAUCUCCAUCUCCAUCACCAUCUCCGCCACCGCCACAGCACGACGCCGCCAUCCUCUUCACCAGAGAAAACUUGUGUGGGCACAACUCGUGCGAUACCUUGGGAAUGGCGGACGUGGGCACAAUCUGCUCCCGGGAGCGCAGCUGUGCGGUGAUCGAGGAUGAUGGACUCCAUGCGGCUUUUACAGUGGCUCAUGAAAUCGGGCAUCUGCUGGGACUGUCACAUGACGACUCUAAGUUCUGUGAGGAGACGUACGGCCUGACCGAGGACAAGAGGCUGAUGUCCUCCAUUCUGACCAGCAUCGAUUCCUCCAAGCCCUGGUCUAAAUGCACCUCCGCCACAGUGAGCGAGUUCUUCGAUGAUGGCCACGGAGACUGCCUUCUGGAUGCUCCUCAGAAUCCCCUACGGACCCCAGAGGAGCUGCCGGGGCAGAGCUACGACGCAGUCAAGCAGUGCAAGCUGGCCUUUGGGCCGGAGUACACCGUGUGCCCCGGGAUGGAUGUGUGCUCUCGCCUGUGGUGCGCCGUCAUCCGCAAGGGGCAGAUGGUUUGCAUGACCAAAAAGUUGCCCGCGGUGGAGGGGACACCUUGCGCAAAGGGCAGGAUCUGCCUCCACGGCAAAUGUGUGGACAAAACCAAGCGGCGCUACUACUCGGUCUCGGCCAACGGAAGCUGGGGGUCCUGGGGUUCCUGGGGGCCAUGCUCCCGCAGCUGCGGAGGCGGUGUGCAGUUUUCCCAUCGGCACUGCAACAAUCCGGCGCCUCGGAACAACGGGAAGUACUGCGUGGGCAAGCGUGCCAUGUACCGAUCCUGCAACGUCAAGUCGUGCCCACAAACCGGCAAAUCCUUUCGUCACGAGCAGUGCGAGGAGCGGAACGGUUAUCAGACCAAUGCCAAAGGAGCCAAGACAUUUGUGGAAUGGGUUCCAAAGUUUGCUGGCGUCAUUCCAACCGACAUGUGUAAACUAACCUGCCGGGCCAAGGGCACGGGUUAUUACGUGGUGUUUUCUCAGAAGGUGAUUGACGGCACUGAGUGCCAGCCCUACAGCACUUCAGUGUGUGUGCGGGGACGUUGUGUACGGACUGGCUGCGACGGCAUCAUAGGCUCCAAGCUCCAGUACGACAAGUGUGGCAUGUGCGGGGGGGACAGCUCCACCUGCAUCAAAGUCGCCCGCACCUUUACAAAGAGAAGCAUUGGCUAUACAGACGUGGUGAAGAUCCCCGCCAAGGCAACGCACAUCAAAGUCCGUCAGUUCAAGCCCAAGGGGCAGCACAGGUUCACGGCCUACCUGGCGGUCAAGCGUAAGAACGGGGAAUACCUCUUCAACGGCAAGUACAUGAUCUCCACCUCCGAGAACAUCGUGGACCUGAACGGGACGGUGCUCAAUUACAGCGGCUGGAGCCAGCGGGACGACCAGCUCCACUCGAUGGGCCCCGGGGCAUUGAGGGAACCUCUGAUUGUCCAGAUCCUGGCCACCGAUCCCGGGAAACCCUUGGACGUCCGCUACAGCUACUUCAUCCCCAAGAAGCAAGCCUCGGAAGCUGAGGGGAAUUCCAUUGGGUCGCUGACCAAAGUGGGGGCCAGGCAGACCCACCAGGUCAAGUGGAUCACGGGCCCGUGGCUGUCCUGCUCGCGAACGUGCGACACAGGCUGGCAGACCAGGACUGUGCAAUGUAAGGACUGGCGGUCCAAGCUGACCAAGGGGUGCCCACUGUCCCAGAGACCCUCGGCCUUCAAGCAGUGCUUUUCGAGGAAAUGCUAAAGAGUUUUAACGGACUCCUGUCUUUUUGGUCGUGUUUCGUUUGCUCUUUUGGUUUCAUUAUAUUCCAUUCCGUUCGUUCCCUGUGUGUCCAGAGAUCUGGCGACGGAUGGAGGGCU